UCUCUAUGGCUCUUUGCUGUGCGUAUGUGUUUUUGUUUAGUUAUUACUUGUUUUAGAAGUGUUUCUUCUCUGCCAAUGGGAUCACUUGGAGGGCAAUCUAGCCUCAGACGGUUUUUUUUUUCUUGUUUAAAGAAAAUAGUUCUUCACCUUGAUGGGCUCCAUUUUGCCAAAUUUUGGGAAGGGGAAUUUCAAUGAAUUUAGGUACCCAUUCAUCAAGCGUGCAAGCACUUUCCCAUCUGCCUCAUCUUCUUCAUCAAGUGGCCACAACAAUGUCUAUGACUACAUAGUUGUGGGAGGAGGCACAGCUGGGUGCCCAUUGGCUUCAACCCUCUCCCAGAAAUUCAAUGUCUUGGUGCUUGAAAGAGGGGGUGUGCCUUUUGCCAAUUCCAAUGUCUCAUUUCUUCAAAACUUCCACAUUGCUUUGGCAGACACUUCACCUACUUCUGUCUCCCAAUACUUCAUUUCAACAGAUGGAGUCCUUAAUUCUAGGGCUAGGGUUUUGGGUGGAGGCACUUGCAUCAAUGCUGGCUUCUAUACUAGAGCAAGCACAAGGUAUGGUGAAUAUAAAUUUUUUCUUGCAAUUAAGCCAUUUUUGGGGAAAAUGAAAACAAAAAGAAAUGGGUUUAUUUUGAAGGUUUAGGUUAAGUUCAAAUAGGUGAAGGAGAGCAAGAAAAGGGUUCAUGAUUUAUUAUGAUAGCUUAGUUUGGAUGUAUGAUUUGGUGCCCAAAAAAAAGAUUUAGCAUCAAAACAAAAUGG